GCCACAAACUAUGAGCUCGUCGCACCUCCUCGCCUCGCGCCUCUUCUCGGUCAAGAACCUCGUCGCCUUUGUCUCGGGCGGCGGUACUGGCAUCGGCCUCAUGGCUACCCAGGCGCUCGCGGCGAACGGUGCCAAGGUGUACAUCUGCGGCCGCAGGAAGGAGGCGCUCGACCGCGUCGUCGAGGUCUACUCGCCGCAGGUCGAGGGCCAGAUCAUCGCCCUGCCCGGCGACGUCACGAACAAGGACGACAUCAAGCGUCUCGCCGAGGAGAUCCGGCAGCGCGAGGGCGGGCUCCACAUCCUCGUCAACAACGCCGGCAUCUCGGGCGAGGUCACCAAGUUUGACGAGGAGAAGCCGUCGGCCGAGGUCCUGAGCGAGCGCCUCAUGAAGGAGCAGACGUUCGAGGGCUGGAACGAGGUCUUCCAGACCAACGUGUCGAGCAUGUUCUUCAUGACGGCGGCGAUGCUCCCGCUCCUCGCCAAGUUUACCAACGGCGGCGACGCUGCGGGCCGCGCCAUCUACGAGAACUUUGCCACGGGCGUCAUCAACAUCACCUCGAUCUCGGGCCUCGUCAAGGUCGCCCAGAACCACUUUGCCUACAACGCCUCGAAGGCCGCCGCUAACCACAUCCAGCGCAUGACGGCGACCGAGUUUGCCCACACUGGCAUCCGCUUCAACGCUAUUGCCCCUGGCGUCUAUCCCUCCGAGAUGACGGGCUCGGACUCGGACAGCAAGAACAAGACGUCGCUCGAGGGCAAGUUCGACCCGGCGUCUCUCGGCGUGCCUGCGGGUCGUGCGGGCAGCGAGGAGGACAUGGCGGGCACGAUCCUCUACCUCUCGUCGCGCGCCGGCCAGUACACGAACGGCGCCAUCAUCCCUGUCGACGGCGGCACGCUCCUCACGAACCCGUCGGCGUACUGAGCGUGACCGAGGCGAGGAGGCUGUACAAAGGCGAGGUGCAACGAGCGUCGUUUCGCAAGUCAGACUCGGAUCGGCUUGGGCUACUCUC